CAACAACAGCAACAAUUAACAACAGCAAUAGCAAAUUCUCUUCUCCUUCUGAGUAAAAACCCAAAAAAAUAUACAGAAAGGAAAUUGAAAUGGGAGCGGUGUUGUGGAUUCUAUUGCUCUGCCUCUGGGCGGCAACAGGGGUUCAGGGUGAAGAUCCUUACCUUUUCUUUGAAUGGAACAUCACAUAUGGCACCGCAGCUCCCUUGGGUGUUCCCCAACAGGUUAUCCUCAUCAAUGGCCAGUUCCCUGGUCCCAACAUCAACUCCACCACCAACAACAACAUUGUCAUCAAUAUGUUCAACAAUCUUGAUGAGCCUUUUCUGAUCACAUGGAGUGGAAUUCAGCACAGGAAGAACUCCUGGCAAGAUGGAGUGGCUGGAACCAACUGUCCAAUUGCUCCUGGAACCAACUACACAUACCAUUUCCAGGUAAAGGAUCAGAUUGGUAGCUACAUCUAUUACCCAGCAUUGGGAAUGCAAAGGGGAGCUGGUGGUUUCGGUGGGCUGAGGGUGAACAGCCGUCUGCUCAUCCCUGUUCCCUACGCUGAUCCUGCCGAUGACUACACCGUUAUUCUUAAUGACUGGUGGACUAAGAGCCACAGCACCCUUAAGAAGAUCUUGGAUAGUGGCCGCUCAAUUGGCAGGCCUGCCGGUGUUCUGAUCAAUGGUAAGGUUGCAAAGGGUGACGGUAAGGAUGAGCCUCUGUUCACCAUGGAGCCUGGAAAGACUUACAAGUACAGGAUUUGCAAUACUGGGUUGAAAACAUCGCUCAACUUCAGGAUUCAGGGACACAAAAUGCUGCUUGUGGAAAUGGAAGGAUCCCACACCGUGCAGAACUCAUACGAGUCCCUUGACGUUCAUGUUAGCCAGUGCUAUGCUGUGCUGGUGACUGCUGAUCAAACCCCCAAGGACUAUUACAUGGUGGCCUCCACCAGAUUCCAGAGGAAGGAGAUGACUACCACUGGAAUCAUCCGUUACACCAACGGCAAGGGUCCUGCAUCCCCUGAGCUUCCUCCUGCUCCAGUUGGCUGGGCUUGGUCCCUCAAUCAGUUCCGCACCUUCCGCUGGAACCUGACUGCCAGCGCUGCCAGGCCUAACCCACAGGGGUCCUACCACUAUGGCGCCAUCAACAUCACCCGCACCAUCAAGCUCGCUAACUCAGCCUCCAAGGUCAACGGGAAGCUCCGAUAUGCCAUCAACGGUGUUUCCCAUGUUGACACACCCACCCCCCUCAAGCUCGCCGAGUACUUUCAGAUCCCCGAUAAGGUUUUCAAAUACAAUGUCAUCGGAGAUGAACCAUCAUCUUCAAACCAGGAAGUCAUCCGACAACCCAUUGUCCUGAACAUGACAUUCCGUACCUUUAUUGAGAUCAUCUUCGAGAACCACGAAACAGCCAUCCAGUCAUGGCACCUUGAUGGGUAUUCAUUCUUCGCUGUCGCCAUCGAGGCCGGAACCUGGACCCCUGAGAAGAGGAAGAACUACAAUCUCCUUGACGCAGUGAGCAGGCACACCAUACAGGUCUUCCCCAAAUCCUGGGCCGCCAUCCUCCUGACCUUCGACAACGCCGGAAUGUGGAACAUCCGUUCUGAAAUCUGGGAAAGGCACUACCUUGGCCAGCAACUCUACGCUAGCGUGAUCUCCCCUGCACGUUCCCUCAGGGACGAGUACAACAUCCCCGAUUAUGCUCUUCUCUGCGGCGACGUAGUGAACCUCCCCAAGCCUCCACCAUACACCAUCUAAACACCCACCAUUCAAUCUUUUGCCGUGGCUCACACAGAUAAUAGAACGUAGCGGGUGUGUGAGAGACGUAUUUGAGGUGGUUUUGAGAGACAAACUCUAUGGGUUAAGGUUUAUGUGAUGGUUUUUUUCCACAGUUAUUGUGUUUCUUUGCCCUCCGUUGCAAAGUGAUUUAACUUUUAUGAAUUUGUAAUUUUUUAUUACAUUUUAUUUAUAUUUAAAAAAAAAAUCAUUCUGCA